CACUUCUUUUUGUCACGUUUUUUGUUUUCUCAGUGUAUCUACACCGGUUGGAGGAAUAUUUUUUGAUAAAUCUUAGAUUUCAAAUAAUUGUUCUCUCACUUCCGAUGGCCAGGACUAUCCGGUGCUUCUCCAGGCUCACCCUGGGGGUAUUCAAUAACCAUGUUAAUCACCAGCUGCUUUGUAAUGGAAGCAAGACAUUAUACACAGAAGCGAGUCUAGGACUGCCAGAGUACAAAUCAGCCCGAGAGAACUUUCGUGAAAGAUACACGAGUUCACUGGAUGCGUUCAAACAGAAAAUCAAGACAAGUGUGGAGAACGAGCAAAACUUGAUCUUCACGGAAGACCUGAAGGCCCUGAUCCAUGUGGUGGAUAAGCAGCCAGGGGACGUCGAGCUCCUCAUAGCUGCCAUGCACAGAUUCAACGAUCAGGAUAAGGACAUCAGAUUUGGGAGCUUCAAGUUCGGUCCAGUAGUCAUGAGGGCAUUCCACUAUCUCAACGAACCCCUGAGCGCCUUGGAGACCUUCAGGGAUCCCAAAUUCGAGUCUUUCUAUGACCAGCAGACGACUUUUGCUAUUCUAGCUGAUUUGCUACAUGAGAAUGGCAUGUACAAGGAAGUCAGAGAGGUCUACGACCUGAUCCGGACCAGGUUCCCCAAUGGAAGUAAAAAUCCAAAGCUCGUUGUUAGUGUUCUGGCUUUGUCCUGCUACAAGGAAAACACAAAAGAGAGUCUUGAUUUUGGAGUGAAAAUCUGCAAAGAGAUGGUAGAUCGUGGGGCUCUACCACUCCGAAAGGUUGUGUCUACGCUGGCAGCACUGGCAUUGCGGCAAAAUGCACCUCACAUUGCCCUGGAGAUAUUGACACUCUGUAAGAAAUCCGAAUACAUAUCCACCAAGACUGUCAGGAUUAUGGCUCUCUGUGAUCUGGACAGAAUUGAUGACGUCGCACACGACUUCCAGCUGACCUUGAAACGAGCGAUUCCACAGAGAUCUCAGUACUUCUCUGAUAUCGUUCCAAAAAUUGAAGCUGCUAUUGAACGAGGGAACAUCAGUCCAAAUGCAGAGAUAUGUGAAUUGUUUGCGAUUAUAAAAGCCAGGGAAUACAUUCAGGACAAGACUCUGGAGGAGCAUAUUUCAGAGCCACUAGAUCCCCAGAAGGCUGGAAAUCCGAGAUACAGACAGCAGGAGAGUUACGGAUGGUCCCAGCCCAUGAGGCAGGACAAGGACUGGUCGAGCACUAGGCAGGCGGCGAUUGGUGAUCAUGGAGAAUAGCAACAAUUCAACAAUUACUAAGAGUGCAUUCUCAGAUGAUUAUCAAUGCGUCGAGUAGUUUUUAGCUCCCAAUACGUCAGAUUCGAUGGACAAAUCCAUUGUAUCAAAUUGAUAAUUAAAUAAAUUGAUGGAUAAUUUACUGCUUUGAUAACGGAAA